GACACCCCUACUAAGGGAAUGGCGGUGUCACCCCUUGCCUGCAAUGGCGUAGUCUAGCUGCGUGCGCGCGCGUGUGUAUGUAUGCGUGUGUAAAGCCCGGUUUGUAUGUUUUGUGUCAAUUGUCUGGUAAAGGCAUGGCAGCUUGAUGCUGGUAGCGCAGCUGAAUGAAAAUGUUGUUUACAUGGACACUUGCGUUGCAGCCAUUUCCGUUUGAUUAAUUAUUGAAAGCGUGGACAUAUUUAUUCCUGAGGUAACUGUGACAUUACAUCAAAUUUGAAAACGAAGGAUUUGCCCAAUCCCCAACAAAAUGUGAUAUUGCUCCAAACAAGCAUACGCAGAAGGAAUGUUACUGAAUAUCUGAGAAGACCUCCAUUGUCGAGGCUAAGAUGUUGAAGGCGGAGGCCUCGGCAGAGAGGAAUAACCUGAGGAGUGCUUCCCCGCACCGGAAUGCCUACCGGACCGAGUUCCAGGCUCUAAAGAAGGCCUUUGACCAACCAAGACAGGAUGGAGACCCCAAGCUCAAAGACCCAGAGGCGGUCAGGCAGCCUCGAGGGCGGCAAUAUGGCACCCAUGUCAGUCGUAUCAAGAACAUGUUCAUGCAGAUGGGGACUGAGCAUGCUGGAUCCAACAAGCAAACAGGGGACGAGACCUCACAACAGAAACUGACCAAGCCGACAAACUUCAUCAACAAGGCAGAUGGGUCGGUGAUCAAGUUCCAGCAUGGCACUGGGGAGCGGACAAGUGGUGGCCAUCAUAAGUCAAAGUUCUCCGAAACAAGGAAACUCUUUGAGCAGAGCUCCAGGGAUGCUUCGCAGUCACCUGUGUACUCUUAUGGCAGAGACAAAAGGGGUUCUCACGAACAUUUGGAUGACUGGCGGGGGGCACGUUCAAACAGAGGCAGCACAGACUCGUUGGAUAGUCUUUGCUCUAGAACAGAGGCCUCAUCUCCCACUGUGAGUCAGCUUAGUGCUGUGUUCGAAAAUAUAGACCAGCAGGGCUCUGGUGCUUCUUUUAAAAGAGGCUGUGGAGGGGGAAGAGGGCUGUACUCCCCAGAUGGCUUGCACAGACAUGGGGAGGCCAGUGAGGAUGACACCAGUGCUCGACAGUCUCCAUCACGUGGCUUUUACAGGACACGAGUGGGUAGCAAGCACAAUCUGCCAGUUUCCUCUUCCUCAGAAGAUCUUCUCAGUCCUAGUCCUCUGUCAGAGGCCAUGGAUCAGAUGAAAGCAGGUGAGAAGAAGCCUCAGGAGAGCUUGGAGAAACCAACGGAGCCCGAAAGUGAAAGUGUGGAUGCAUUAACUACUGAGGUGCUUGAUGGAUCCAGUGAUCUGAAACAAUCCUUUCCUAAAACAGAACUGAAUUCUGCUGAGGCUGUGGUUGGUUCCUUAACCUUGGUUCAAGUCAAUGACGCUGCAGUUUGUGACAAAACUUCCACAGCCACCAAGGUCUUUGAGGACACGGACGGUCAUGUGGCAGAGGAGUCUAGCCGGAUUACAGAGGAUCAAAUAGAAGAACCCACCGAGGAAUAUUGUAGCAAUGAGAGAGUUAUUUUCAAUGCGGAUGGGGAUGCGUGCUACCAGGGCUGGGGGGAGAGCUGCACAGACCCAGAGGAUGACCUGUAUGAUGAUGAUAUUUCUUAUGACCCAGGAUCAGAGAUCACAGAGAUUCCAGGUCUUCCAGAGGAGGACAAGGAAGAAAUUCCACAAAAACGGAAAAUUCGAUUCAGCUCUGCACCCAUAAAAGUGUUCAAAACCUACUGCAAUGAAGAUUAUGACAGGAGGAAUGAAGAGGUGGACCCGGUGGCAUCCUCAGCAGAGUAUGAGCUGGAGAAACGGGUGGAGAAGCUGGAACUUCUUCCUGUGGAACUGGAAAAAGAUGAUGAUGGUUUGGGCAUAAGUAUCAUAGGAAUGGGGGUUGGCGCUGACGCAGGCCUGGAGAAGCUGGGCAUCUUUGUCAAGACUGUCAUAGAGGGUGGAGCAGCAGAGAGAGAUGGAAGGAUAAAAGUGAAUGACCAAAUAGUGGAGGUUGACGGCACCAGUCUGGUAGGCGUGACUCAGAGCUUCGCUGCAUCUGUCCUGAGAAACACGCAAGGAGUGGUGAGGUUUGUGAUUGGCCGAGAGCGCCCGGGACAGCAGAGCGAGGUGGCUCAACUCAUAAGUCAAACUCUGGAGCAGGAGCGACUUCAGAGAGAGAUGAUGGAGCAACAGUACGCUCAGUACGAUGCUAAUGAUGACGAGACAGGGGAGUAUGCCACGGAUGAGGAAGAGGAGGUGGGGCAAAUGGGAACCGAAAGAGAAGUGGCAAUUGAGGUUUUUGAUUUACCUGAAAACGAGGACAUCAUCUCACCAUCUGAACUGGAUGCCACUAAGCUCUAUCAGAAGUUCAGAGAGCUGCAGAUUAAACACACUGUCACUGAAGCUGAGAUCCAGAAACUCAAGAACAAGCUGGCUGCAGUGGAAAAAGAGAAGGCACGAUGGGAAAGAGAGAAGACACAGCUAAAGCAAAGCAUUGAGGACAACAAGGAGAGGAUGCUGAAGCUAGAGAGCUACUGGAUUGAGGCUCAGACGCUGUGUCAUACGGUCAACGAGCAUCUGAAGGAGGCCCAGAGUCAGUAUCAGGCCCUGGAGAAGAAGUACAACAAGGCCAAGAAGCUCAUUAAGGACUUCCAGCAGAGAGAGAUGGAGUUUGCUCAGAAGGAGGAUGCAGAGAAGAAGAGGCUGGAGGAGGCAGAAAAGUCUCAUUUGGCUGAAAUCCAGAGUCUUCAAGUGAGGAUUGCUACUCUCGAGUCAGAGUUAAUGCAGCUGAUGAAACAAAAUGGCAUCCAGGUAAACAAUAACAACAACAGUGCUGAGAGCCGAGCCCAGAUGACUGAGAGACUGGCAGCCUUACAGUAUCCAAGGAGAAGUGUCCAUGGAGAGGAACUGGGUGAGCUAUCAGGAGCCAGUGGAGCACAGAUAUUUUGCAGUUCUAUAGAGAGAGAUGAGAGCCUGGAAGGGAGGGGCUCUGGAGCUCAAUCCUCCAGAGUGGCUGAUGCCACAGAGGCCACACUCAGGCACCCGCAGCCUCAGCAGGGAUCUGAUAAUGAGGCAGUUGUCAGUCAAGAGGAUAAAUCUGGCAAAAAACUUCUAGACUUGGGGUCUUCACUGAAGAAAAGUAAAGGGAAAGAGCAGUAUCUGAAAGGAUCUCCUUAUAAAAGAUCCACAGAGCCUUCAGCAGAGAACAGCCAAGAAAGGCUCAAAAGCAAGAAAUCUCUUUCAUGGCCACGCUUCUUCUCCUAUUCAUAUUACUUGGGUCCUGGAGUUAACGAUGACCUCAGCAUCAGCAGUAUGAGCUCGACAGAGAUCAGUGGUGUCCUGACUGAGGUUAAGAUGUCUGGCCGAUCACACACACUAACACUGUCCUCAGAUGAGAGUGUAGAAAUUACUGAAGAUGAGAUCCUGGAUGAUGGUCAGCCUCCAAAGCAGUACCAGUGGCAAAACCGCAGUGUGACUGAGUGGACAUGUCAACAGGUGUCAUGCUGGCUCAGGGGACUGAAUCUGGAACAGUAUGUCUCUCUUUUCACUGCCAAGAAUGUGGAUGGAGAGCAGCUACUGAAGCUGGACAGCACAGCACUCAAGGCUCUGGGCAUGGAGUGCUCUCAGGAUCGGGCUCUGAUUAAGAAAAAGCUGAAAGAUCUGAAGGUGCUGAUGGAAAAAGCUAGCAGAAACAGAGAGAAAAUGGAAAAACAGCGCAAGAAACAACUGGAGCAGGUUCAAAAACAGGUCCGGAAAAACAGCAAGUCGUCUGGACCAGGAGAGGGCGCCACAGAAUGACAGCACUUAACCCUCACUACUGUUUCACCAUGAACAGCAUUAUAAGUACAGAUGAAUCGAUUUCAGCAUUUCAUGGGACUCUACGUUCAUUGCAAAAGGGGCAUAUUGCUAUUGAGCUGCCACUGGACAAAUUGAAACCAAAAUGUUCAAAAAUAUGGAUUUUAUUAUUUUAACUGAAAAAAAAAAAUACUUUAAUUCAGGUUUUCUUGUUUGUUGCAGAAUGAUCACUGCUGUUUUGUUCCUCUUGUUUUACGUUUGAUUAAUAUAUAUUUAUUUGGUUAUGGAGAAUAUGUAUAUGUUGAUCCAGAGCAUAUCAGCUUAUAACUCAUUCACAAACUCUGCAUUACAAGCACCUUUAGAUGUUGAGACAAUGUACAUAUGCAGACAACGUAAAUAUUAAUAUGCCUAACGUGCCAUUUUUCUAUCAAAACCCAAGAUGUGUGAUUUGUCCAAGAAACGGGGGAAGGUUUUUAAUACAAUGGCUUUGGUAAAGCACAGAUAAUAGUAAUGGACAGUAUUGCUGUCAUGGUGACAAUUAAGUGUUAAUUCAUCUCAAAGAUUUUGAGUGUUGCUCAUAAGAACCACUACAGUCUGAGUCACUGGCAUACUUUACUGUGAGAAGAAAGCCAUUCCAGCUACUGAGAUAUCAUGGACCUCACAAUCCCUCUGAUCUUUGUGGAUAUUGUAUACUGUAAACCUACUGUUUGGAUUCACAUCUCCUUCAAUGACCUGCCAGUAUUCAAGUUAAUGGACAGAGUAUGUUCCAGUGUGUUCUUCUCUGAGUUUGAAACCUCUAACGUUCUUUCUCUGAUCUUUGGAAGACUCAUCAAAGACCUGCACAUGUGUGGAGUCCACUGUUUUAAACUCUGCUCCAAAGAUGUGAUACAAGAACUCUGAAAACAAAAGAAAGAAAAAAAAAAAACUCCUGCUAGACCCUGCUGCUUUUAUUCCACAGCUACCUGCUUAUAUCCUCUAUUGCCCUUAGGUAGAUUCUCAGUUAGACCCAAGUGCUGCCUUUUGAAGUGCUGUAUAGAUUUUUCUUUAUUUUAUUUUAAUGGUUUGAGGUUACAGUCUGAAUCACACUGAUUGUGUGAAUGCACCUCUAUUUCUCUAGCAUCCAAAUGUUGUAGAGCAGAUGACAAAUGUGCACUUAAAACGGACCUAUCUAUAUGUUAUUUUACCUGCAGUACCAUUUAUUUUAUUAGGCUUCGAUUCUAUUUAUUUUUUUUAUUUUUUUAUUUUUUGUCAGCUAUUUUUCACACCACAAAGAAAGCACCAUAAAAUGUAAAAAAGUGGUACAUACGUGGGCAGAAUUUUUUUUUUUAUAUAAUGUAAUUUAAUACAUAGAGCAACCAAUAUUGCCUCAUUUGAUUUAUCCUAGGUUAAAAUGUAUGCAACACAUUUCCAGUACGUAUGCAGUUUAAGUAUACAAAAACACAGUAGCCUACAGAUAUUCCCAUUGCAUCUGUAUUUCAGAUUCAGCUUUGAUGAAUCAUAUUAACCCUUUUUAAAAUGUAUCCUUUUCACUGCCCAAAUUUUAACUGUCCACAUUUUUCUCAUUUCUUGUAAACAUAACUUGCAAUUCUUCAAUUUGUGAUGAUGCAUAUCAUUCUUGUUUACAUUUACUGAUUAUUUCCAUAGUAACACGAAGGCAGCUUCCUUGGUACUUGGGCACUGUACAGAGGACAUAAGGCAGUGCCUGAUGACCUUGUGGAUUCUUUACAAAGUAUUCAAAUGUGACUUUAUGUAAGAUUCUAUUCAUUGUUAAUUACUUCUGAAUUAUUUAUCUCUUAUCAUUUUAAAGUCUGUCAUAGUCUAUUUAUUUUUUCCCAAUCUUAGAAAUGUGUAAAUCAGUUAAUCUUAUUUAUUUACAAAGCAAAGAAAAAAAAAAAGCAAUUAUUACCAAAAAGCUGUUCUAAACUGUAAUCUAAAUAUUACAAAAGUCCAGUGAUGAUAUUAGGAGAUUGUAUGUUUCUUUAUUAACUCAAUGCUCUUGAACAAAUGAACAAAUCUAGCAAAGAAAAGCUUGUCUUAACAUAAUGAAAUAAUUUCCAGCCCUCUGCUGUGAAUCAAAUAUAAAAAAAAAAAACAUAAAAAAUAUAAAAAAUAACCUGCUGAAGUUCCAAUUCUAACCUGCCCAGCCAUUUACGAUAUACUGACUUUUGUAUGUAAAGUUAAAGCAAUAGCUUUUAAGCCCGGUGUUUUUUUGUUUUUGUUUUUUUAAAUAAAUUCCUGUGUCUCAAUACCAUGAGGAGACAAUA